AUUUUGUCUUGAGCGCGUGUUUUCAAAUUGUUCGUCACAGAAAUGGAUGAACUCAGUUGGGGUGUUGAACUUUGGGAUCAAGUAGAGAAUCUUUUUAAACAUGAAAUCGAUCAGAUCGGGCUAACUGAGUCCUACUUCAAACUUUUCUCCGAUGUCCAAAAGUUACAGCAUGAAUUUGGAAAGAAACUAAGGAAAACGGUUUCUGUAUAUUUACCGAGGAAGAAACCCGAUGUUGACGAAUUAUCUUCUGUUCUGACAUAUUCAAGUAUCGUUCCACAGAUACUUGAAAUGGGUGUAACACAUGAGGCUAGUUCCAAAAAACUUAAUGAAUCUGUUGUCAAUCCAUUGAAAACUCAAGUCGAAAAUGAGAAGAGAUCCUUGGAAAAACAGCGUUCUCAUUGGUCAAAGCUAAACGCGACCAUAGAACAGUCGCGUAAACAGUUAGAAUUAAGCUGGCAAAAGUAUGUAACCAAUUUCAAAGAAAGGCAGAAAGCAUAUGAGGUUUCGGAAAAGGCUCAAAACGAUAUCCAACUAGCGCGGGUCGAUCAACAGAAGUUUGAAGCUCUUUAUCAAAGUAAAAUGCAGUCUUUUGAUCAAGCUAGUAGAAAUUACGUCGAUGAAUUAGCUAAAUACAAUAUAGCCAAUCGACGUUACUUCAGCACAGAUAUAGUGACUUUUGUAGAUGAUAUGGAAUGUUCAAGUCGUAUGCGAAAUAAUCGUACUCGUGAACUUUUACUGAUGGUCACCCGCAUUAAUGAAGAAACAAUUUCCAAACUUACUAGCUGCAACAAGCUGAUUUCUGAGGCUGUUUCUGCUCUUGAUUCCUCCUAUGACUCAGCUAAGGUAAUAAAGAGGUUGCAUACAGAUGAACAACCUCCUGCUGAUUUACCAUUCCUUGAUUUGGAUAAAUGUCCUCCAGGUAUUUUGGAUGGUUCUGUCUCAGAACUGGGAGCUUUAAUACUUGGUGUCGAGUCAGCAGAAUGUUCAAAUCAGUUAAAUAACUCAGGAAGUGCUAUUUCAGGAAGCGGGAUGAUGAGUGGACUCAUUCGGUCUACUCACAAGAAUUCAAAGGAUGAAUAUCUUAGUUUACGCUCACCAUUUAUUUGUGGCAUUAGUGUAAAAAGUAUAAAAAAUACAGAUUUAACUAUCAGACAAGUUGCUGACCGGAUAAAAGUACUAAGGGACUUGGUUAUGAAGACUGAUAAUGAACUGCGAAGUACCGAUCGUAUGAUUGAAUCCUGUCGGACAAAUCCUAAAUUCGGAGAUAUGGAAUGCUUAGUUCGAGCAGGUGCUACUUACAGUAGACGUUUAAAUUCUUUAAAGCAACACAUUAAAGAACUUGAGGUAACAUACUUCCUGUGGAUGUAAAUAGUUUUUCUUUGUUAUAGAAAUAAUAUCAGAUAUUAGUUAUGACAAAUAUACUAAUCUGCCUUACUCUACCUGCAAAUACAUGUAUGGAAAUACGUAGAACUGUAAAUGUGAAUAAUUAAGUAGAAGAAAAUUGUCAUACCUUAAAUAGAAGUUCACUCAAUCUUUAAUUAAUGACAAAGAAACAAAACAGUCUUAUUGAAGUUGUUAUUUAAAGUUUUGCUCUCCGAUUCUCUCGGAAAUCAGUGUAUAUAUCGAUAUAUAAUAUUUAUCGGUAAAUAUUUGUUUAGAUUAUGGUUUAGCAAAUAUUAGCUCACUAUUCGUCAUGACAAUUAUUUGAGUUCGUAUUUUGUUUAACUAAUACUAAUACUAAAAUCAACUUUUGUUGUAGCGUGAACCAUAAACUUACACUUGGUAGAUAAUGAGAAAUCAACAAAGAGUUACUUUUUAAAACAUAAAAAUCUUGAUUAGUUAAAGUUGUAUGUUUCAUGCUUUGAACAGAUAUAUCGUACGAAAAAAGUAAGAUGUAAACCGAUAGAUAAAUUGAUAAACUAGCUAAAAAAUCAUUAGUGUUUAUGUAAUUACUUAAUCUGCUCAUUUUAUUCGAGACCGUGAUUGAAAACUAUAAACAAAUAUAUUUCAACCGUAUAUCUAUCAAGUGAUCAGUCAUAAAUGACGUAGAAUAUGGCACACAUGUGUAUGGACACAAGUUGUCACAUCUGAAUGUGAUGACAAAAGAAAAAAAUCAAUAGGAUAAAAAGAUCAUAAGAAUCCCAAUAAUGAUAUUAAUAAUAAGAUUCAUGAUGGCGAAAUGAAAACACAACGAGAGCAUUCCAUUUAUUUUGAAAAUAACGGGUUAAUGUGUGAACAAAAUACAAUUAUGAACUAACAUUCCAAUUUAACAUCUAGAAAAAGAUAAAGAUAUAAACUACUGUGAUAAACGUCAAGCUAUAACUUCACCUAAUGCGUCUGACCAUGGAUUACGAAUUACCUACUUAUCUCGACCAUAAAGUCUGCAUCUUCAAGUGACUGAGAAAAUUUGACGAAUACCACCUGAUACUGAGUAUUCAAGGGGUUCUUAAUCGUUUAGACCAGUUUCUUAAGACAUUCAAAUAUUGCAAUAAACCUUCGUGUCUCAGAUUUAUUUCGGCCAAAUAAUUACGAAUGCUGAACAUACUUACUCACGUGCUUUUACAAAAAGAAGCUUACAACCUACCGCCAUGUUUGCUGGAAAACGUAAAUGUUGACACCAUAUUUAAUGGAAUAUUCUCCUCUUUGUUUCUCUUUUGAGGAAACUACCAGUCAGUUACACUAGAAUGCAUGCAUCUAAUGUAUGGUGGACGAAAGUGAAUAGUUGUCUUAGCUGAACUGGUAGAAAGCUUUCUCCAUUAAAGAUGAAUGACAGACACUGACUAUUUAAAUAUAAAAUAUAUUUUUGAAUAAUUAGAGUUUGAGUGUAAAUUAAAGGGAAGUUUUCUUUCAUACUAGAUAAUUGAUGCUGAGUUUUUUAGUGUAAUAAAAUUAAUAAUAAUAUUAGGUACACCGAACGUUAAUUUUAGCCUUGUUAUUGUUGGUGACACAGAGAAUCAAGUCAUCCGAAUAUCUCUUAAACAUUUACUUGUGUAAAUGCACGACUAAGUGGAUUCGAUCUUCAACUUUGAAGCCAAGCGAGUUUUUUUUCAGUUUUGGUGGUGUUGAGUGCUGUUGGAAGUAUGUGUGGUUAUCACUUCCCUGUUGCCCACACCGUGGAAGUGUUCUUCUAGAGGUACCAUGAAAGGAAAUCGCGUUGGAGUUGGUCUAGUGACCUGAUAGCAUGACUGCAGUGCCAAAGGGAUAGCUGCUUGAGGCCGGUCAAGCACGGCUUUUCGUGAGUAGUUUUUGUGUUAGCUCCCUACUUCUUGAAAUUUUACCACUGGGAAUGGAAAUCUGUGGGAUUAGGCUAUUAAUUAGUUUAUCAGUUCACAUCUUUAACAUUUUAGUUAAGAGUUAGAGCAUACGAAAAUACUACCACUAAUUACUUGUUUCUAGAUGCCUUUUGAUCUGAAUUAUAGAUGUUGAGUUCUCUAAGUUUCUAUCAUUAAUUAUAAUGAAACUAUGAUUAAGUUGCUCAUUAAAAAAAUGUGAUCAUUUUUAGGUGAAAUUCAACAAUCUAGGUGGUGAUCUAGCUUAUACAAAAGCUGAAUCAAUAGCUGAAAAGCUUAGUUCACGUGCUGUAAUCAAUAAUAACACAAAUACUUCUAAGGUUCGAUCUGUAAAUACUAAAUCUCUUGAUGAUGAUGAAGAUGAUGAUGAUGAAAGUGAUCAUUCAUUUGAUUCGGAUGCUGACGUUGCUACGAAUAACAGUAAAGAUGAUAGUACUGUAAACAGCAGUUCGGAUCUACACGCAGGAACUCGAUAUGUUGGCUAUGCUUCUGCUCUUUACGAAUAUGAAGGUGAUGGGAGUACAUAUUUAGCAACAAAGCCCGGAGAAUUGUAUUAUGUUUUAAAAGUAGAUUCAACUAAUUCUGGAUGGACAGCUGUAGUAUCUGAAGAUGGAACACGUCAAGGUUUUGUUCCAACUGGUUACAUCAAUUUAACCCUUUAUUGAAUUGUCACUUUUUAUCAAUUUGUUAAUUUUUGUCAUUUCCACCUUCCCCUAAUUCUCAAUUCAAUUUACUGUUAAUAUGAGUAUUACAGCUCUUCCAGUUGAAUGAAUUAGUAAUUUCCACUUUUCAUUAAUAUUGAAAAUAAUAUAUUGGUUUGUACAUUCACUCCCCUGACUUAAUUAUUGACACAAUCUUUAUUAUUUUCAAUUAUUAUCACUACUGUUAUGUAUGACUAUUCUUAUUCUCUAAUAGUUGACUUUAAGUCUACACAAUCAGCUUAAUUAUUUGAAAAUUCCACCUCUGUACACCAGUUACUUUUCACAUAUAUUACAAUAAAUGUUAAAUGUACAAUACAUUAAUCAUUUAUAACACCUUGAACACUUAACACACUAGUGCCUUUACUCAUGAUUCACUGCAACUUACUGAUUGAUGUUAUGAUUGUAUUAUCUCAUUGUUUUUCUUUUCAAUAAUGUUCACCUUCUAAAAACGAAAGUCACCUUAUCGUUAACAUUCAGUUUGAUUUUGUAUUCCGAUAUCAUUAAAUAAAAGUCAACUAGUGGUAUUAAUUGAUUGAUCAUCUAGUCUUUAAUAUUUCCAAUAUAAUUUAUCCAAUUUGUCCAUUCCUAUUAUUGCGUAAUCAUUAAGCUUGUAUUCAUUUAUUUAUUUUUUCAUUUAUGAAACAUGUUGAUAAUGAUGUUUCGCAAGAUUUGGUUUGCUUAAUAUGUAUUCCGUUUUCUAUUAUUUUCUUUUAUUCAAAAACGGUAUACCCUAAUUCUUGUACAACAUACACUUAUGAACAAUAAAAUGAUUUUAAAAACAGGUACGACACUCAACAAUUUAUUUGCUUCAUUGUCUAACUGCUGAAUCUAUUUUCAAUGCAUCAUAUUUGCGAACCUCUACUUGAUUUCAUUGUUUUUCUCAUCUUUUUGUCUGUUUUUUCCUAACUAAUUUUAGCUGACGUAAUUUGGUAAAUUGUGUGGUUGUAUAUUUUAUGUAUUAAUUUUUCUACAUAUAAAGAGGAUACUAUAUAUAUUGGUGUUUCAGUUAUGCUAGAUACUAACGCCUCAUCUGUUGAUUGGUAAGUGGCAUGGUAGCCUUCAAUUCACCUUGUAGUUAUUUAAUAAAACAUAUGUGUUUACCCUAAUCCAAGUAUUUGGAUUUCUCUUAGUACAAGAUUUAUACAAAUGGUUUU